ACAUACUCAAAGUCAACUCUUAUUUCUUUCUUCUAUUUCUUCAUCCUAUGUUUACAUGUCCUCAUUGUUUCACCCUCUUUGUCAGCAUCAAAUGAAUUUCCAAAGACCGGAUUCAUCACCCUCCCCAUUAACAUAGAUUCAACCACCCCCCAAUACUUCACAUCAGUAUGCAUAGGAACUCAACGACACAACAUGAACUUAGCCAUUGACCUUUCAGGGAACUACCUGUGGUACGAGUGUGAUAGCCAUUACAACUCCUCCUCUUACAACCCUGUCACGUGUGUCUCCCCACACUGCCCUCAAGGCUCACCAUGCCUUGGAUGCGAUGGCUCCCCUCGUAAGCCAGGUUGCACCAACGACACGUGUGGGUUUGAUGUUGUGAACCCUUUUUCUGACUCCACUUUCAUCGGUGACAUGGGUCAUGAUUUCCUAUUCUUGCCUCAAAUAAAGUUGCCUCAAACUUUUGUUUAUGGCUGCGCAGAAACUUCUAGGUUCUCCUCCAUCCCUAUUCUUUCUGGCCUUGCCAAAGGCAUCAAAGGGAUUCUAGGCCUUGCAAGAACACCACACACAUUACCAUUUCAGAUCUCAUCUUCAUUUAAUGUUCCUCCUAAGUUCACUCUUUGCUUACCUUCUUCUGGUAAGGGCAAACUUUUCAUUGGUGGGAGACCAAGCUCCUCUAUUAUCUCGCUUUCCCAAACUGGAUUCGGUGGCUUUUCUAGCACCGAAUACUUCAUUCAUGUCAACUCUAUCACUAUCAACGACAAACCUGUUAAGUUUGGGGCUUCUUUUUUGUUCCGCGAUGAAAAUGGAAACGGGGGCAGUGUUAUUAGCACCAUGAGUCCUUACACUGUGUUGCACCAUUCCAUCUACAAGCCCUUUGUUAGAGAUUUCGUGGAGGCAGCAACGGCCAAAAACAUAAAGAGGGUGAAAUCCGUGCACCCUUUUGGAGAGUGCUUCGAUGCCAAUACCAUCAAGGAUGGAAAGGCUGUGCCAGAUAUCAAGCUUGCCAUGGAUGGUCGAUUUAGGAAAGUGAGUUAUGGCAUAUGUGCCCACAAUUCCUUGGUUGAAGUGAGAAAAGGUGUGCUAUGUUUGGCAUUUGUUGAUGGAGGUGAAUUCGCGGUAACUGGUGUUGUUCUUGAUGGCCAUCAACUGAGGGAUAGGGUUUUGGAGUUUGAUUUGAGUACCUCAGUUCUAAGCUUUAGCUCAUCCCUUCUGCUUCAAAAUAAAACCUGCUCAGAUCAUUCUUCUCUUUGAUUAAUUAACCUGCUGCCAUCAUUAAUAUACUAAUGUUUUGUUUGCGUUUGUUUUCGUGAAAAAAUAAAAGGCCCACGUGGUGCUGUCAGGUUAACCGUGUGGAUUUUAAGAUGAAAUCCAAGGAUAUUUUUCA